CACUUGUCAGGGUGUUUGUUUUGACAGUCAACCUGAAACUAUUUGGAUUUUGAAAUCUUGUAAAGUAUUUUUGUUUGCAUUUUGCCUUCUAGAAAAUACUUGCAACAACAAACGUCUGGACCUUGUCUUCAUCAUUGACAGCUCUCGCAGCGUACGCCAUUUCGACUUCGAAAAAGUGAAGGAGUUCAUUUUAACCAUCCUGCAGUUCCUGGACAUCAGUCCUGAUGCCACCCGUGUAGGUCUGAUUCAGUAUGGCAGCACAGUCAAACAGGAGUUCUCGCUGAAGACCUUCAGGCGGAAACAGGAUAUUGAAAGAGCAGUGAAGAGGAUGAUGCACCUGGCAACUGGCACCAUGACUGGACUGGCUCUGCAGUAUGCAGUGAACAUUGCAUUUUCAGAGUCAGAAGGAGCUCGAUCUCUGAAGCAGAAUGUGCCCCGAAUUAUCAUGAUAGUGACGGAUGGGAGGCCUCAGGAUCCAGUGGCAGAGAUUGCCGCUAAAGCACGUAACUCAGGGAUCCUCAUUUUUGCCAUUGGAGUGGGAAGAGUAGAUAUGAACACACUGAAAUCCAUUGGCAGCGAACCACAUGAAGAGCACGUGUUUCUGGUUGCUAAUUUCAGUGAGAUUGAAACACUGACCUCUGUCUUCCAGACUAAACUCUGUGUGCCUCAUAUGUGCAGUACAGUUGAGCAUCACUGUGACCACUUCUGCAUAAACACCCCUGGCUCCUACCUGUGCAGAUGUAAACAAGGAUACAUUCUGAAUGCUGACCAGAAGACUUGCAGCACUCAGGACCUUUGUUCUGUGGAGAAACAUGCCUGUGAGCAGAUUUGUGUGAACACACCUGGGUCUUACGUCUGUCAGUGCUAUGAAGGGUACGAGCUUGAUCAAAAUGGAAAGAACUGUGUUGUUGUAGACUUCUGUGCUUUGGAUAACCAAGGUUGUCAACAUGAAUGUGUUAAUGCUGAGGACUCAUACUACUGUAGAUGCCACUCUGGGUUCAUUUUAAAUCCAGACGGAAGAACUUGCAGAAGACCAGACUAUUGUGCUGUUCAGGACCAUGGUUGUGAACAGGAAUGUGUUAAUACAGACGAUUCCUAUUUUUGUCGAUGCCAAGAAGGGUUUAGACUUAAUCCAGAUAAGAAAACAUGCAAAAAAGUAAACUUCUGUGCUUUAGGUCAGCGUGAGCGUGAACAUGAAUGUGUUAACGUGGAAGAGUCAUUUGUGUCUAAAUGUCAUCCUGGAUACACCCAACAACACCAUGGCAGUAUAUGCAGCAAUGAGUGAGUGGACCACUGUGCUGAAAACAAUCACGGCUGUGAGCAACUGUGCCUAAAUACUGAUGACUCCUAUGUCUGCCAGUGUUCUGAAGGAUUUGUCAUCAAUGAGGACCUAAAAACCUGCACACGCGUUGACUACUGUGCUCUGACUGAUCAUGGCUGUGAACAUUUGUGUGUAAAUGGUGACAGAUCUUACACUUGUCAGUGUUUUGAAGGAUACAGGCUUCGUAACGAUGGGAAAACAUGUAAACGACGGGACAUCUGUAAAUCAGUCAGCCAUGGCUGUGAGCAUAUCUGUGUUAAUGGAGAGGAUUCAUAUGUUUGCAAGUGUCGUGAGGGUUUUCUGCUGAGAGAAGAUGGGAAAACAUGCAGAAAUAAAGACAUUUGCAGUUCAGUUGACCAUGGCUGUGAACAUGUUUGUGUGAAUGCUGAUGAGUCAUACGUCUGCCAGUGCUAUGAAGGAUUUGCACUAAGGGAAGAUGGAAGAACAUGUAGAAAUAAAGAUGUCUGCAAAUCGGUUGACCAUGGUUGUGAACAUAUUUGUGUUAAUAAUGGCGAUUCAUACAUCUGCAAAUGCCAGGAGGGGUAUGUACUAAAAGAGGAUCAGAAAAGAUGCAGAAGAUGCACUGAAGGCCCAAUUGACCUGGUGUUCGUGAUAGAUGGAUCGAAAAGUCUUGGAGAGGAUAAUUUUGAAAUUGUCAAAGAAUUUGUCUCAGGAAUCUUGGAUACACUUGAGAUUUCACCCAAAGCUGCUCGAGUUGGUUUGCUUCAGUAUUCCACUGAGGUUCGCACAGAGUUUACAUUAAGGCAGUUCAGCUCAGCCAAAGACAUGAAGAAAGCUGUUUCACAAAUGAAGUACAUGGGGCGAGGGUCCAUGACAGGACUGGCACUGAAGCAAAUGUCUGAGAGAAGCUUCACAGAAACAGAAGGAGCAAGACCAUUUUCAGCAAAUGUCCCUCGAAUCUCCAUUGUGUUUACAGAUGGGCGAGCCCAAGAUGAAGUCUCUGAGUGGGCUACCAGAGCAAAGCAAAAUGGUAUAAUUAUCUAUGCCAUUGGAAUAGGAAAAGCAAUUGAAGAAGAACUGCUGGAAAUUGCUUCUGAGCCAUCAUAUAAACAUCUCUUCUAUGCUGAGGAUUUCACAGCUUUGGAGGACAUAAGUGAAGAGCUGAGAGCUCAAAUCUGUGAAGCCUUGAAAGAGUCAGCUCACCAGCAGGAUCCAUCAUCUGGGAGGCUUCACGAGACUGGUCCACAGCCUUCAGGACCUGAAUCAACCACAAUAGCCAUCACAGAUGUCAUUGACUGUGCACAUCUUGCAAUACACCACAAGUAUUUGUUUGAAGACAGUCACACUCACUCAACAACAGCAAAAGCUUCAAAAGAUAACGACCAGUGCAAAUGUGAAAACCUUGUAACAUUCCAGAACUAUGCAACCAAUGAAGUAAGAAAACUCACCCAGCGAUUGGAAGAAAUGACGAAGAGAAUGGAAGACUUGGAAAACAGGCUAAAAUACUGAUCAGAAUUUAAAGUGUACACUACGCUGUAUAUUUAUACAUACACACUUGUCAGAGCUAUUUUCUUAAAGUGGAUCAAAGUAAAAUAAC